CCGGCGGGUGGCGGCGGGUCGGGCGCCCCUCGGCCGGUCCUCGGGCCGCAAGGCCUGCGGCUGCGGUGCGCACCGCCGGCCGCCGGGCCUCUGGACCCGUCUGAGGGGCACUUCCUCGAGAGCUUGCGGCUCGCCGCCCCGGGGCGGGCGGAGCCGCGGUCUCCUAGGUAACCCGAGAGGCCCCAGUGACCCGCAGACCAGCAGAAUGCAGGACUGGCACGGAAUCUUUGAGCAAAACCAGCUGGUCCCUCCCCAUGCACAGAGAGCACGCCAGCCUCUGAAGGAGUCGACGGCGUUUCAGUGUGUCCUCAAGGGGCUUGAUGGCCCGCUAAUCAAGCAGGGCGUGCUGGACGUGCUGUCGGAGGUGGGCUGCCACCUGCGUGUGUCUCUCUUUGACAUUACCUACCGACACUUCUUCGGGAGGACGUGGAAGACCUCGGUGAGGCCCGCGGAGCUGCUCUGCAGGCAGCCACCUGGGAUCGUCUUCAGUGAGCCCUUGUAUUUCCACACAUCCUUGAACCACCCUAACAUCGUGGCCGUGGUGGAAGUGGUCGCUGAAGGCAGGAGACGGGAUGGGACCCUCCAGACUUUGUCCUGUGGGUUUGGAAUCCUUCGGAUCUUCAGCAACAAACCGGAAUCUCCUACCUCUGCCUCCCAGGACAGACGGUUGAGACUGUACCACGGCAGCCCCCGAGCCCUCCUGCACCCGCUGCUCCAGGACCCCGUAGAACAAAACAAGCACAUGACCCUCAUUGAGAACUGCAGCCUGCAGUACACACUGAGGCCACACCCUCUCCUGGAGCCUGUGUUCCACCUUCUUCCCGAGAACCUUCUGGUGUCUGGUCUGCAGCAGAUACCUGGCCUCCUUCCAGCUCAUGGAGACUCAGGGGACGCCCUCCGGAAGCCUCGCCUUCAGAAGCCUCUCACGUGGUACCUGGACGAUUUGUUCUUCACGCUGUAUCCCUCGCUGGAGAAGUUCGAGGAGGAGCUUCUGGAACUUGUGAUCAGCGAUCACUUCCGGGAGGUACAGUCUCAGGCGGGCAGCCCGCUGGAUGGCGGUGCCCUGGAGAUCUUGGAGCGGCGCCUGUGCGUGGGUGUGCACAACGGGCUGGGCUUCGUGCAGAGGCCGCAGGUGGUGGUGCUGGUGCCCGAGCUGGAGGUGGCCUUGACGCGCUCUGCCAGCUUCAGCAGGAAAGUCGGCUCCUCUUCGAAGGCCAGCUCUGGAAACCAGGCUCUGGUCCUGAGAAGCCGCCUCCGGCUCCCUGAGAUGGUCCGCCAGCCUGCGUUUGCCAUCGUCUUCCAGCUGGAGUACGUGUUUAACAGCCCGUCGGGGGCGGACGGCAACGCAGCUUCGGUCACCUCCUUGCCCGGCCUGGCGUGUAUGCACACGGUCCGCUGGGCGGUCUGGAACCCCUUGCUGGAGGCCGGCUCCGGGCGGGUGACGUUACCUCUGCAGGGCGGGAUCCGGCCCAACCCCUCGCACUGCCUGGUCUAUAAGGUACCCCCAGCCAGCAGGAGCUCCGAAGAGGUGAAGCAGGUGGAGUCGGGGACGGUCCAGUUCCAGUACUCAGUGAGCCCUGAAGGACACCCGGACACACCCACGGGGUACGCCAGUCGCCCCCAGGCAGAGCGGCAGCCUUCCCGGAAGCCACCCACGUCCCCUUCAAGUCCACCAGCAUCGCCAUCCCAGGGACUUGCUGCCCUUCAGGACUCGCCCGUGGGACCAGGGCUGUCGCUUUCCCAGCUGGCGGCUUCCCCACAGUCCCCGGCUCAGCGCCGUUCCCGCUCGGCCAGACCCUCCUCGCAGCCACCAGGGAGCCCCAAGCUCUCCCCGGCCCUGGCCCCAGCCCUGGGGGGGUUCCCCUUGGAGGGCAGGAUCUCUCACCUGGAAGCUGACCUGAGCCAGACGUCCUUGGUCCUGGGGACAUCUGCUGCUGACCAGUUGCAGGAACUGCCUUUCACGCCUGUGCACGCCCCGAUCGUCGUUGGGGCCCAGACCAGGAGCUCUGGAGGGAAGCUGUCACGGGCCUCCCUGGCGCUGCUGCAGUCCGCCGGCUUUCCGGAGAUUCUGGAUGCCAACAAGCAACCAGCCGAGGCCGUGAAUCCUGCAGAUCCCGUGAACUUCAGCCCUCAGAAGGAAGAAUCAGACUGUCUGCAAAGCAGUGAGAUAGUGCUGCAGUUUCUUGCCUUUAGCAGGUUGUCCCAGGACGACCAGGCCGCGCCGUGGCCGCAGACUGUGUACUUCACCUUCCAGUUCUACCGCUUCCCCCCCGAGACAACGCCGCGGCUACAGCUGGUCGAGCUGGACGAGGCCGGGAGGACCAGCUCGGCCUCCCUGUCGCACAUCCUUGCCCUGAUUCACAGGGACGGCUCCUUUGAUGCGGGGUGUCCGGGCUUUCAGCUGAAGUACCUGGUGGACCCCGGCUUCCUGAGACCCGGGGAGCAGCGCUGGUUUGCCCGCUACCUGGCCAUGCAGACCCUGCAGAUUGACGUCUGGGAUGGAGACUCCUUGCUUCUCGUCGGAUCCACUGCUGUUCAGAUGAAGCACCUCCUCCGCCAAGGACGGCCGGCCGUGCAGGUCUCACACGAACUUGAGGUCGUGGCGACUGAAUGUGAACAGGGCGCCACGGUGGUGGGCGGAGACCUGGCCAGGUUUGGUUGUGUCAAGCCCAUCGAUGUGCACACGGUGGUGAAGGGCCGGCUGCACCUGAUCUUGGCCAACGUGGGGCGCUUGUGUGAGCAGCGGGUGAGGCGUCCCAGCUCGCUGCCGCCCGCCAGGUCGAGGGUCAUCUCGAGUGAGGGAGCCAGCGGCUUCGCGGGAGGCAGCCUCCUCACGCCCGGGGGCCCCAGACCAGUGAAAAAUGUGGUCCAAGCGCAGAAACUGGCCGACGUGGACGGCGAGCUGGCAGCCCUGCUCUUCACGCCCCCGAGGCAGGGGACCCGGGGACCCCAAGGUGCCAGCUGCGAGGGGGACGCCGUCCGCAGGCGCAAGCUGGAACGCAUGAGGGCCAUGCGCCUGCAAGAGCACGGAGCAGAGCCGGGCCACCGCGGGCUGGGUGCACUGGCCCAGCAGAGCGCCCGUGCCCAGCACGCGCGAGACCUGCAGGUGAUCGCCGCCUACCGGGAGCGCACCAAGGCCGAGAGCAUCGCCAGUGCGCUGAGCACGGCCAUCACCACGCAGCACACUGUCCACGCCACGCUGGGCGCCGCCGAGUUCUUUGAGUUCGCUCUUAGGAACCCCCACAGCACGCAGCACACCGUGACCAUCGAGAUAGACAACCCUGAGCUCAGCCUCAUCCUGGACGGUCGGGAGUGGCGGUACUUCAAGGAGGCGGCCGACCUGCACACACCCCUGGAGGAGGACAUGUUCCACCUGCGGGGCAGCCUGGCCCCCCAGCUCUUCCUGCGCCCCCGGGAGACGGCCCACAUCCCCUUCAAGUUCCAGACCUUCUCUGCGGGUCCGCGGGCCUCGGCGCAGGUCUCUGCUGAGCUGAGAUCUGAGAACGACACGGACACCGGGUCACCUCGUAAGUCCAGCACGAUGCCCACCAAGCACGCCAAGGUCCUGUUCCGCGUGGGCAGCGGCAAGCCCAUCGCCGUGCUCUGCCUGACCGUGGAGCUGCAGCCCCACGUGGUGGACCAGGUCUUCCGCUUCUACCACCCGGAGCUCACCUUCCUGAAGAAGGCCAUCCGCCUGCCGCCCUGGCACACGCUUCCAGGUGCUCCUGUGGGGAUGCCCGGCGAGGAGCCCCCGGUGCACGUCCGAUGUAGUGACCCAAACGUCAUUUGCGAGACCCAGAACGCGGGCCCCGGGGAGCCACGCGACGUGUUCCUGAAGGUAGCCAGUGGUCCCAGCCCAGAGAUCAAAGACUUCUUUGUCACCAUUUACACGGACCGCUGGCUGGCGACGCCCGUGCAGACCUGGCAGGUGCACCUCCACUCCCUGCAGCGCGUGGACGUCUCCUGUGUCACCGGCCAGCGGACCCGCCUGGCCCUUGUCCUUCGGGGGACGCAGACGGCUCGGAAAGUGAAGGCUUUCAGCUCCCACCCCCAGGAGUUGACGACGGACCCCAAAGGCGUCUUCGUGCUGCCCCCUCACGCGGUGCAGGACCUGCACGUGGCCGUGAGGCCCCGCGGGGCCGGCAGCCGCUUCGUGCACCUCAACCUGGUCGACGUGGACUCCCACCAGCUGCUGGCCUCGUGGCUGGUCUGCCUCUCCUGCCGCCUGCCCCUCAUCUCCAAGGCCUUUGAGAUCACGCUGCCUGCCGGGGGCGGGAAGGGCGCCAACAAGCGCAUCACCUACACCAACCCCUACCCCUCGCGGAGGGCCUACCGCCUGCACAGCGACCACCCCCGCCUGCUGCAGUUCAAGGAGGAUGCCUUCCAGGUCGGGGGCGGCGAGACCUACACCAUCGGCCUGCGGUUCGCGUCGCGCCAGAGAGCCGGGGAGGAGGAGAUUCUGAUUUACAUCAAUGACCAUGAGGACAAAAACGAGGAAACGUUUUGCGUGAAGGUCAUCUACCGGUGAAGGAGCGGCCGGGGCCGUCCUGCCGCUGCUCAGGGUCAGGCUCCUGGAGCGCGGGACCGUGAACUCGGCCGAGCGAGCGGUCGCCGUGCCCUUGACCGUUUGUGAUGCCCGCUCUGGUCAGGCCGCUGCCAGUAGCAACCGCCUAGCAGCCCGCGGGAGUCCUGCCCGCGGACGUGCGCGCCCGGUGUGGCUGGGGCCCGUUUCUCUCUGUGGCACGCGGGGGAUCGUCCCUCUUUAUGACUUUAGGAUUUACCUUCAGCACUUGUAUCUUCUGAAUCAUUUUAAAUGAUAAAAUUAUGUUUUUUAACUGA